CCCAACUUCACUUGGCACACUCGGCUUGCCGGUAGAACACAGGACUGAGACACGCAGGGUGAGUGAUGUAAGAUUGAGUGGUGAUAGAGUAUUCACAGUAUGCACAGUUGUAGUCAAAUCAGGUUUUUUAUAGUAUAGCAUCCCAGAAUUGAGAUUAUGGCAGUACUUAUUUCUUUUUUUUUAAAUACGUAAUGUACUGCACGUGCACUUGUACAAGGGAUCCACAAUUUAUAACAAGCAGCCUUCUUAAACAUCUAUGGUAGCUCGUCAAUUUGUUCAAUGACCCCUUGGCGACAUUCAGAGUAAUGAAAUGAGGUCACUAGACUAAAAUACACGCUGGUUACGACUGGGUCAGUUUGAUGUUGUUGCACUCAGAGCAGGCUUUAUGGUGAAUGUUGUGCUCGCGAGGCAAGUAACCUUCAACGAAACCAUACUUGAAAUAUCCGAUAGUUGAAUUUAAACAUACAUACAUACAUACAUAUAUAUAUAUAUAUAUAUAUAUAUAUUGUCACAGAACGGUUGUUACGGAGGAGGGCUCCGGUCCUGACUUAACACAAACUAUGUUGACUAGUAGUGGUCAGUACAGGACCGCUCCUCUCUGUGAUUUAUAUGGUGGGUGUCUAGGCGUUGAGACAGACAAAAGCACAACGUAGACUUGAACGAAAUGCAACAACUCAAACUCCAGGUGUCCAAACGAUAAUGAAAGUAUGUUUAUUUCUAAGAUAUAAGUGUCUUCUAUCACCUGUCGUCUUCUGGUCUCUAGCAAGUAUUCCUUAACAACUGCUCAGUUCUAUCGUAGCUCUUUUCUCUCUCUUCCUCAACUAAUCCGUAGUUCUUCUCUAUCUUCCUCAACUAACUACUGUCGCUCCUUUCCCUCUUCCUCAACUACGUCGUACCUCUGUUCACUCUCCCUCAACUAACCUUAACUCAGUGAAAGCUCUAUCUUAUAUGUGGUUCUCUACCCCCCAUAGGUGGUCCAGGAAUGCUAUCUAUAAACACACCCAUGCCCCCUAAUUUCCGGUCAAUUAGACCUUCCCAUUGUUAACCCAAAAAUUAUCAUGCGCAGUCUGGAAAACCCGAACAUACUAUUAUCCAAAGAAACAAUCCCCCACUAUAUCAAGAUGUGAGAGUCUAUUAACCUUAACUUAACCCCAUUAACAGCAGUUUCCUUCCAUCCUAUAAGUUACUUUAACAACAAUGGAGCUCUGUCCUUAUCCCCCGCCCCAGUCAUUUGUGACAUAUAUAUAUAUAUAUAUAUAUAGUUUUUCAUAACAUCUCCCUUAAUAGGAAAUGUUUAGCUUUAGAGAGUGAAUAAAUAUUAAAUGGAGUGGGGUAGGCAGCGUUUGUGACACCCAGGGUGGUCCUUAAUGUUUCGACCCCUCACUCAAGAAAACCCUAAAACACAAGUCAUAUUCAGUGCAUGGAGUGGACCUUUAAUGCCGCCCCCGACACACAUUGUGCCACCAACCCCGACAAAUGCCACCCCAUGCCUUUCCGUCCCCAUCUUCUCACGCCAAUGUUUCUUCUUCUUCUAUAUCUUAAGGGCGCACGAUCAAUCUAUUGAUAUUUUGGCUCCUAUGCAUGUAGAUGGGAUUUGCAAUGUUUCUGUUCCUGGUGUUGAUGAGGAAAUUUCACUGAUUUCCAGUGCCACUUUGUGUUUGAAUGUAAUGAGUUAAAUUAAUUGGUCUUAUUUUCAACUUCGUCCCUGCCGAAAACGCCAAGAGAUGACUCUCGUUAUGUCGUCCACUUUCUGACUGAGUGCGCAAUAUCACAGGCAUGGGAGGAGCGCAAUCCUAUUAGGCUUAUAGAUUCACAUCACCGUUUUUUUAAAACCUCCAACUGCACCCCUGUCCUAAAUUCCUAAAGCCCAUGAGAACAAAUUAUGUGUCCAUUUGGCAUGUAGAAGUAACUAACAUUGUGAACUUCACGUACUUAGAUCAGAUAGAUCAAUCCCGGGUACCCCCGACAUGGCGGUUUUGUUUGCAGAGGAUUUGAACAAGACGUGCCGACAUGCUGACAUUGAAAUUGACAUGAGCGAAUGUCUGUUUUGGUUCAACGAUUUAACCUAUAUGAGCGAAUGUCUGUUUUGGUUCAAAGGUUUAACCUAUAUGAGCGAAUGUCUGUUUUGGUUCAACGGUUUAACCUAUAUGAGCGAAUGUCUGUUUUGGUUCCACGGUUUAACCUAUAUGAGCGAAUGUCUGUUUUGGUUCGACGGUUUAACCUAUAUGAGCGAAUGUCUGUUUUGGUUCAACGGUUUAACCUAUAUGAGCGAAUGUCUGUUUUGGUUGAGCAGUUUAACCUAUAUGAAUGAAAGUUUGCUUGGUUCGAAAUUUUAAUACUUUGAGGUAACCACUGUUUUGUUUUGUUCGAAACGUUCACACAAGAUAAACAAUUCCAAUUCGGUAGACAUGUUUACUUCUUGUAGAGUUUUCCUCUACCAAGUUUCGACAUUAAUUAGUCACGUGGUACUCUUGAAAUACAUGUUUUUUUUAAACAAAAGGUUGACUCUAGCUUAAAGCGACAGAUCUACAGAUAUGUAUAAUUUGCGCUGGUUGAGUUUGUAUGGGUGGGUGGGCUGGAGGCGCACACUUUUGACUGCCUAGGGGGCGCCUGCAGGUCUUAAUCCAACACUGAAUUCAUGUCGCUGGCCGCGUCAACUGAAAUGAUUUUUCUCCCUCAGAAUCAGACAUGGCGUCCGAAAUCCCCAAAAACUUCUCGUGGGUUGAAGAGAAUGUUCUGGCCGGAUGCGCCUUCCCGGAUAAAAUAGCCAAUGUCCAGUACCUGGUGGACAACAACAUCUACAGUCUGGUGUCCUUGACCGCCGAGAAGGAAGUUGUGAGGGAUGGAAUCACAGGUAACGGUUCAUUGGAAGUGAUCACCUGAGGAAUGGAAUGAAAGGGUUUGAAAGGUUAAAUAUCACGUGUACACAUAACAGUCGGUAGAGGACAAAAAAAAAAACCACAAGGCUGGUUUACCCGGGGCCACAUUGUAUAAUACAAUAAUAUCUCAUCAGUUACAACACUGCACGGGGAUUUCUCCAUACACUAAACUUAAAUGAGCAAGACUCAUGCUCUCAUUCCCAUUGGUUAGGCCUGUUCCAUCACUCUCCAUAUCUCUAUAAUACAAGGCAUUCGAUACAUUCUGUUAAGGUCUGAACCACAAGCGCUUUAAAUAGACUGUCGAACAUACAUUACAAUAAUUGGCACUCUCUUUACACUGGUUCAACGGUAACAUCGUCUGCCCCUUCAACCAAGACGUAGCUGGUUCAAAGGAUCGCCCCUACCUAUGCCCAUAGAUUAUUAUUAGCCGGUUAGAACAGAGUCUUAACUAUGGUCUAUAUUAGCCGGCUAGAUGGAGUCGUGGCCAUGGGCUAUAUUAGCCGGUUAGAGUAGAGUAGUUGGCCAUGACAGCUUUCCCUAAGAGGGGGCGAAAUCAUAAUUAAAAAGAAAACCUCACAAAUUCUGAAGACAGCAACCACUUUUGUGUUGGGGUUGAACACAUCACGCAAACAUUGAUGGCUGAACACAUCACGCAAACAUUGAUGGCUGAACACAUCACGCAAACAUUGAUGGCUGAACACAUCACGCAAACACUGAUGGCUGAACACAUCACGCAAAAAUUGAUGGCUGAACACAUCACGCACACAUUGAUGGCUGAACACAUCACGCAAACAUUGAUGGCUGAACACAUCACGCAAACAUUGAUGGCUGAACACAUCACGCACACAUUGAUGGCUGAACACAUCACGCAAACACUGAUGGCUGAACACAUCACGCAAACACUGAUGGUUGAACACAUCACGCAAACGUUGAUGGCUGAACACAUCACGCAAACGUUGAUGGCUGAACACAUCACGCAAACGUUGAUGGCUGAACACAUCACAAAAACACUGACGUAAUCUCACAGUUGCCCGAAUAAAUCAGGAAUGUUAAAAAAAUAAUGUUAACAUUUUCUCUCUCUCUGUCUCUCUCCACCCCUUCUCUCUCUCUCUCUCUUUCUCUCUCUCUCUCUCUCUCUCUCUCUCUCUCUCUCUCUCUCUCUCUCUCUCUCUCUCAUGUUAAAAAAAUAAUGUUUACAUUUUCUCUCUCUCUGUCUCUCUCCCCCCCUUCUCUCUCUCUCUCUCUCUCUCUCUCUCUCUCUCUCUCUCUCUCUCUCUCUCUCUCUCUCUCUCUCUCUCUCUCCAUCAAGGCAACUAAAUUGCAUAAAUUAGGUUUGUCUUUAAAUUAGAUUUCUUAAAUUUUAUGCUAGAUCAAAGUGGGUACACAUUCUCAUUUUUUAAAGGCAUACACAAAGGUGAAUACGAUAAUUUCGUCUUCUUUACUUUUCCCACGCAAUUAUAGCUAAUAAAAAUUUUCAUCAUUUUUAAUAGCCGUGAGUCGACUGGUUGGUGGUUGAAAGUUUUAAAUUUAGUUUAAAACCAAGGAAAUCUGGUCUUGAGACCUAUUGCUUUAUGGAUCUUAGUGUAUGGUACAAAGGAAGGGAUAAAGAAAAAAUACAAUAUGAAGGGGCCAGAUAGACUGGUGAAAUGACGGCCAGAUAGGCUGGUGAAAUGAUGGACGGGUACACUGGUGAAUGACGACCAUAUAGACUGGUGAAAUGACGGCCAGAUAGACUGGUGAAAUGACGGCCAGAUAGACUAGUGAAAUGGCAGCCGUAUAGACUAGUGAAAUGACAGCCAAAUAGACUGAUGAAUGAAGACCAGAUAAACUAGUGAAAUGACGGCGAGAUAGACUGGUGAAAUCAUUAAGAACUAAUGUUGCUUGCUAAAAGUCGUUUCUUUCAAUGCCAAAUGAGCGGGACUGAUAUGCCCGAUAUAGGAGACAUGGGGACAAUGACAUGAGCGUCACGUGUUGGUCAGUCGCACAUGCUUGAGUGACCAAACAAGAGGUAAGGGCGCACAACACUGCUUUGUGCCACUUAAAAUUUCGGUGGGUGAGUGAACCUGUUAUACUAUAGCCCGGGAUUUACCCGCAGCUCUCCAAGUGACACUCAUAGCGCAUGCCACCGUAUUACUCUCAAUUCGCACCUUGCCACAAUUGGUGCACUCGUUUUAUUGACCAAAUUGUGAUCUAACUUCUAUGCUGUAUAGUAAAAUGUAUACCCUCUUGCUAACGAAACCACUUUUUGACGCAGAUGAGUUUGAGGUUAUUAGAGUCCCCAUCCGUGACUACACCCCACCCACCAUGAAACAAGUGGAGCAGUUUCUUCAAAUUGUCAAGAAGACGAAAGCGCGAGGCAAGGUAAGCGCUGGUUGCCAUUUUUUUUUUUAAAGGAUACACGUCAUGCACCCAAGAUUUACAUGUAACGAAACGGUAGAGUUUUUGUUUGGGUCCGGCGUGGAAUAAAAUAAUAGGGCACAGGUAAGCCUUGACCAUAGCUGUCUUGGGACAUUGAUACUUCAGCGUAUGACCUCACUCCAUGUCAUCUCCGGGGCGUUUCUAAUUGAACAUCAUCCAAAUUGUUUUCCAUAAUAACUUCAUCCCCCCUAAAAAAAAUAAAAUUAAAAUCCCAAAUAAUUGCAUCAAUAGACAUAACGAAUAGCCAAUGUAGCAAAAAUAAGUAACCUUUAUUGGAAAAAAAUAACUCUUCAUUCAUUUAUCCUGUAUAGCAGUGAAAUACGCCUUUAGGGGGAACAAAUAAAGGCAUUUAAUUUAUGUCACAACAUAUCAUUUUUAUUAAAUGUGUUCGCCUCAAGUUCAAAAGAAUUAUACACCUAACUUUCCUACCACUUAUGUUUCAGGCCACAUGCAUCCACUGUGCCCAUGGACUGGGUAGGACAGGCACCAUGCUGGCCUGCUACUUUGUCCAGGCUCACGGUAUGACCGACACGCAGGCCAUCGAGCACGUCCGUAGUCUCAGGCCUGGCUCUAUUGAAACUGCCGAGCAGGAGGCCCUGGUAGCAGAGUUUUAUGGCUACUGGCAAGACAAGCGCUCAAAGGGAGAGGACCAGUUAUAAGCUUGUUUUUCCAUUGCUGUUAUUUUCACAGCUUAAGUUUGCAAUACAGGCCUUGUAUUUUUAUAUAUAUACAUUCUAUGCCCAUUGAAAUUAUAUUGGUCCAAGUUCUAUAUAUUCAUUAUUUAUGCUCUAAAUUGUAAUCAUGUCAUCCUAUAGCUUUUUUAAAUAUUAAGAUAACUUUAAGUUUUAUUCUGCUGCAUAUGUCUUAUCAAGGUGAGACGUGUCAGGGUCUUUCAGACAGAUGUACUGAUCACCUUCGAAAUAUUGCGUAAUAUAAACAAUGUUAUAUCCCAAAAAAAUUCAUUGGGGAGCAAUCACAAGGGCACAAGCGAUUCAACUCUUACCGCCAUUGUUUCUUGUACCAACACGCCCGUCAGGGUGAACUUAUUGCACAAAGAAACAGAUUGUUCAUGUUGCAACAAUAAGUAUUAGCCUACAUACUUUCUUCCCACUGCAUUGUUUUAAGCGUCCGUUCACACGAUCAAGUUCCUUUCAAAUUAGCGGCAACUUUUUAUGAACGCACUAUUUUGUGCAUGGUUUCUUUUCUUUUUUUGACAAUAAUGAGAAUUUGAUUUUUUUUUUUUACACAAAGUACUGAGUACUAUAAGGCUUUAUUAUUAUGCUAAUAAGGCUGUGCAUUUUUUUUUUUACAAUUAUAAUACAUUAUAAAAACUAAUACAUAUGAAAGAAAUGUUUAUUUACACCCCUAAACUUUAUGGUGCAGCUAGCUAUAUAUUUUAAUAUAUUCAUUAAGAAAAUAAAGAUGAUUAAACGC